AUGGCCACUAAGAAAAAUCCUCGUAUUCUCGCGCUCUUUGACGUUGAUGGGACACUCACUAUUGCCCGUCAAUCUGCAACAGUUCAAAUGUUAACUCGUCUUCAAAAGCUUCGUGAUUGUAUUACUAUUGGUGUUGUGGGUGGCUCGGAUCUCGCGAAACAAAAGGAACAAUUGGGUGAUAAUGUGAUCAAUAAUUUUGAUUACAGUUUCUCAGAAAAUGGUCUAGUAGCUUACCAUAAUGGAAAACUUGUGGGGGAGACGAAUCUCAAGAAUCAAUUUACAAACUCACAACUUAAUCGCUUGGUGAAUUAUUGUCUGAGUUACAUUGCAAACCUUGAUAUCCCUGUAAAACGUGGAACGUUUGUGGAAUUUCGCAUGGGAAUGAUCAAUGUGUCACCCAUUGGACGCAAUUGUUCUCAGGAGGAACGGGACGAGUUUGAAAAGUACGAUCAUAUUCAUAAGAUUCGUGAACAAUUUGUUGAAAAGCUUCAGACAGAGUUUGCCGACUACAAUUUGACUUUUUCCAUUGGUGGACAGAUUUCAUUUGAUGUAUUCCCAACGGGCUGGGACAAGACUUUCUGUCUCCGUUAUCUGGAUGCCAAGGACUACGACGAAAUUCACUUCUUUGGUGACAAGACCAACAAGGGUGGCAACGAUUAUGAGAUCUACACGAGCAAGCGCACCAUUGGUCACUCAGUCAAGAACCCUGAUGAGACUAUCCAGAUUCUGGACAAGCUCUUUCCAUAG